AUGACUCAAUGCAGCGUUUUGGUAACUGUGCUGCCGACAGCGGGAGAGACGAAGGAGUUUUUAGCCUUUUCUUCCAGCACUUUAAACUGUUUGUAUUUUGCUGUCACAGUAUUUAUUGAUAAAGUAGCCGGCUUAAUCCCUAUAAACUUCAUUUUUCACAAUGCCUCGAGGUGGAAAAAGGAGCCACAAGGGCAGAGGGAAGCAGUUCAGCAACCCUGAGGAGAUAGAUCGUCAGAUGAAAGCACAGAAAGAGCUGGAAGAAAAUCCUGGUGCAGAGAAAGGGAGCGCUUCAGAGUCUGGCGAUGAGAGCAGCAGUGAGGACGAAUCCGAUUCUAGGAAGAGGAGUGGAGUGGAGGGGCUUAUAGAGAUAGAGAAUCCAAACCGUGUAUCUCAGAAGAGCAAGAAGGUCGCUGAAUUAGACGUCACUGCUCCUAGAGAGCUGUCUCGCAGGGAAAGAGAGGAAAUAGAGAAACAGAAAUCAAAGGAACGCUACAUGAAGCUACAUCUGGAGGGGAAGACUGAGCAGGCCAGGGCCGACCUGGCAAGACUGGCCAUCAUCAAGAAAAAUAGAGAAGAUGCUGCCAAGAAAAGAGAUGAGCUCAAGAAAGAAAAAGAAGUUGAAGAUACUAAAUCAAAGCGCUAGUCCUUCACCUUCAAGCUUCAACAUGCACUUCAGUCUCCGAGGGAAGAAGAGAGAAGGAGAUCUGGAGGAGGAGAACGGGUAGGGGACCAAUUUGAGUGGCGUAAGAUCAGGGUGGCUCCUGAACUCCUGUCCCUCAUAUCAGAUCAGAGGGGUGUGGGAUUUCCAUGACCGUGUUGUCAUGACAGGGAAAACUGGCGGAGCAAAGCAAGAUGAAGAGGAUUGCACCAUUUGGGAUGCCUCUACGUUUUCUUCACAAUCCAAAAGAGGAGACAAUUGCAGGUUUUCCAAGUGCUUCACUCCCUCUUUCUUCUUCUCCACCGACUAUGGUUUUAAUUCUAAAGCUGCUGAAGUUAUUUCCUUUCCUUUCGAUUCAUACAUCUUUACCUAUUACAAGUUAAGUAAAAGACUUGACAAUAUUACAGUGAGCGUGCAUGAGGAUUUUUUUGGGUGCUUUGCUUUUCCUUCCAUCUCAACCGCUUUGUACAAAGCCAAAUCAGACACAGAUGGAGAAACGAACACUAUAUAGAUGAAAAACGGAUAUAUAGGAAAUAUACAGUGUAGUUUAGCAUUUGUGGAUAUAUUGCACAAAAAAUUGACUUAAUUUUCAAAAAAAAACAAAUCCUGAUUUCCAAACGUGUCAAAACUUUUGCUUUUCUACCAGUUUCAUCUUUCUUCCAGUUUUGGGUUUUUCCUCGUUUUUGAGCCAUUUUUCAAAUUUACAGCUGGAAUAAUUCGGUGUCCCCCUACCACAGUACAUGUAGACGGUUGAAUAUUUUACAUCUUUUGAUUUUUCAUUGUCCCCAUCUACAAAUGUACACUGCUCACUUGGAUUAUGUCAUUGCUAUAAUUUCAAAAGUGUUUUGUACUCUCUUUUCUCAAGGCACUUAGAAUUUUACUUGAAUUGCCUAAAAUAAGCAUUUUUUUUUUUUAAGUUGUUGAACAUCAGUGCUGGAAAGCAGUAACUGUGGCCUUGCCCUGUUUCCGAUGGGAUCCUCGGUGGUUCUAACGGACGGGUUGUGUCUUUUGUUGCCUUUCCGAAGUUUACACAAGACCAGUUCACUGUCUUUCUCCUGCAAUUAAAGUGCUACAAAGAACCAACACAGAGUUAGUUUAUUAGGUACACUUAGAAUGUAAUGCGAUCACGUACCAGCACCACUAUUAACAGUCUUCAAAAAUGAUCAAUUUAAAGUGAAAUGUAACAUUUUAGCAGUGGGAGGAUUCACAGCAUGGUUCUUGUAUCACUUAGACUGCACCGGUGUUCAGAACAAACUGGCAACUCAGGAUGUGGGGGACUUGGACAAGUCUUGGAUCAGGAAAAACGGUAUCCCCUAAAAGAUAAACAUAGAUUAAAGAAUGAACAGAUGAAACCAUAAUAAGAAAUGUAGCUACAGCUUUAAAAAAAAAAAAAAAAAUUCUUCAAGAUUUUCAUCAUGUAUUUGAAGUCAUUUUUAAGAAUAAAUUCAUUAAUAGAUAA